CUCUGGCUGAAGGUGGUUCCCCUCCGAUGAGGAGAGGAGAGCUUGGCGAGCUGAAACCCGAGCUCCUGCUCCGCUGGGGCUUGGGGAGGUCCCUGUAAGAGCCGCCUGCCCGCUGGCCUGCCUUGGUCCCUGGUCUCGCCCCAGCAGUUACUCCGCCACCGGCACUGGCUGCGGGAGCAAUGGAGCUGGGCUGGUGCGCGAAAUUGGGGCUCACUUUCCUGCAGCUCCUUCUCAUCUCAUCUCUGCCGAGAGAGUACACAGUCAUUAAUGAAGGCUGCCCUGGAGCUGAGUGGAAUAUCAUGUGUCGGGAGUGCUGUGAAUAUGACCAGAUCGAAUGCGUCUGUCCUGGGAGGAAGGAAGUCGUGGGCUACACCAUCCCGUGCUGCAGGAAUGAAGAGAAUGAGUGUGAUUCCUGCCUCAUCCACCCGGGCUGUACCAUCUUUGAAAACUGCAAGACCUGCCGGAAUGGCUCCUGGGGAGGAACCCUGGAUGACUUCUACGUGAAGGGGAUCUACUGUGCAGAGUGCCGGGCGGGCUGGUACGGAGGAGACUGCAUGCGAUGUGGCCAGAUCCUGCGAGCCCCGAAGGGUCAGAUUUUGCUGGAGAGCUACCCCCUCAAUGCUCAUUGCGAGUGGACCAUUCACGCCAAGCCUGGCUUUAUCAUCCAGCUCAGGUUUGUCAUGUUGAGCCUGGAGUUUGACUACAUGUGCCAGUAUGACUAUGUCGAGGUCCGUGACGGGGACAACAGUGACGGCCAGAUCAUCAAGCGUUUCUGUGGCAACGAGCGGCCAGCUCCCAUUCAAAGCACCGGCUCCUCGCUCCAUGUCCUCUUCCAUUCAGAUGGCUCCAAGAAUUUCGAUGGUUUCCAUGCCAUUUUUGAGGAGAUCACAGCCUGUUCCUCAUCUCCUUGUUUCCAUGAUGGCACUUGUGUCCUUGUGCAAACUGGAUACUACAAAUGUGCCUGCCUGGCAGGUUACACUGGGAAGCAGUGUGAAAACCUCCUUGAAGAAACAAACUGCUCGGACCCUGGGGGCCCAGUCAAUGGGUACAAGAAAAUAACAGGAGGCCCUGGGCUUAUCAAUGGGCAUUCUGCAAAAAUUGGCACAGUCUUGUCCUUCUUUUGUAACAACUCGUAUGUUCUCAGUGGCAAUGAGAAGAGAACAUGCCAGCAGAAUGGAGAGUGGUCAGGGAAGCAACCCAUUUGCAUAAAAGCCUGCCGAGAACCGAAGAUCUCAGACCUGGUGAGGAGAAGAGUUCUUCCAAUGCAGCUUCAGUCAAGGGAGACACCCUUGCACCAGCUGUACUCGUCAGCCUUCAGCAAGCAGAACCUGCAGGGCGCCCCCACCAAGAAGCCAGCCCUCCCCUUUGGAGACCUGCCCCCUGGGUACCAGCAUCUGCACACCCAGCUCCAAUACGAGUGCAUCUCACCCUUCUAUCGCCGCCUGGGCAGCAGCCGGAGGACAUGUCUCAGGACCGGGAAGUGGAGCGGGCGUGCCCCAUCCUGCAUCCCUAUCUGUGGGAAAACUGAGAACGUCACUACUCCCAAGACCCAGGGGACACGCUGGCCGUGGCAGGCGGCCAUCUACAGAAGGGCCAGCGGGAUGCACGGUGGCAGCCUACACAAGGGCACGUGGUUCCUGGUCUGCAGUGGCGCCUUGGUGAAUGAGCGCACAGUGGUGGUGCCUGCCCACUGUGUGACUGAGUUGGGGAAGGUCACCGUGAUCAAGACAGCAGACCUCAAAGUCGUCCUGGGGAAGUUCUACCGGGAUGACGAUCGGGAUGAGAAGACCAUCCAGAGUCUGCGGAUUUCUGCAAUCAUUCUGCAUCCCAACUACGACCCCAUCCUGCUGGACGCCGACAUCGCCAUCCUGAAGCUCCUUGACAAGGCCCGCAUCAGCACCCGCGUCCAGCCCAUCUGCCUCGCAGCUGCUCGGGACCUCAGCGCCUCCUUCCAGGAGGCUCGCAUUACUGUGGCUGGCUGGAAUGUCCUGGCAGACGUGAGCAGCCCUGGCUUCAAGAACGACACGCUGCGCUCGGGGGUCGUCAGGGUGGUGGACUCACUGCUGUGUGAGGAGCAGCACGAAGACUAUGGCAUCCCCGUGAGUGUCACGGACAACAUGUUCUGCUCCACCUGGGAUCCAAAUGCCCCUUCCAACAUCUGCACGGCAGAGACAGGGGGCAUCGGGGCUGUGUCCUUCCCGAGCCGGGCGUCCCCCGAGCCGCGCUGGCAUCUGGUGGGGCUGGUCACCUGGAGCUAUGACAAAACCUGCAGCCACAGCCUCUACACGGCCUUCACCAAGGUGCUGCCUUUUAAAGACUGGAUAGAGCGGAACAUGAAGUGAGCUGCAGGCCACAGAGCGCCUUUUCCACGCUUCCAUCUGGAUAUGUGUGUGUAAAGCAGCGUGGCCCUGAUGUACGAUUUUGCCCACAAAUUGGGCUGUGCCCGGGGAUCUGAGUUCAGGGACAAAACUCAGCAGAGGGGGAGUAGAGCUCCCUUCUGGUAAGCCACGGCCUCCCGGACAUCUCGACCAUAUAGAAGAUGCUGUGGCUUGUAAGAAACGUUUCUGCACAAAAGACUGUAUGAAUAGCUCAGUAAACGUCCCCCAGCCGCCUGCUGACCUGGUGGCCUUCCCUUCUGCCCGUCAGUGCUGAGAAUGUCACGGUCAGUUCUGCUGGAAAGAGGCAGGGGCUUCACGAGGGCUCUUCCAAGGCUCCAGCCAGACCAAGUUCCAGAGUCACCCGCAGGCCAGCCCCUGCCAGCCUACUCAGAUGUGGCCGGGCCUCGAACACACCACCUCGGUCAACGUGUUCUCUCCUUUCUAGUCCCCUGUGCACCUUUUAAUAAGACGCAGGUUGACUUCUGACCUACAGAGAAGAUUGCUACGACUCUGCUUCCUCUUUGCCCCUUCUCUCAGCUACACAUCAGGUUGAUGGUUUGGGGACAGCUCUUUAAAAUAGAUCCCAUAGGUGCCACCCAUAGGUGGCCUCCUAUCAUGCACUUGACAAAGCUGAUGCCACCUUUUCAGUGCCAGCCCUUGCAGUUUGCUGGGUCAUGGGCUGGGGGAGAUAGACUUGGGGGCACCAUCUGAUAAGGCACAAAUGGAGGAAAAUACCAGGGAUUCCAUGAUUUCUAGGGUGCUCUGGCUCUUGUGUUCUCGAUCUAGCACAAACUGCUUUGAGCCUCUGUGAAACUUUGAUAUAUUUUCAUAGAUUCUUCUGUUGGCUCACACGAGAUUGAGACAUACAACAAAACUAUAGGUUCACUGUUUUCCAUAACUUGUGUGCUUUUCCAUUCAAGCCCCACUCCUGACUGCUUGAAUAGCAGAGGAAAAAAUGAACUCAAUCCAAUCCUAUCCCUGCAGUGAUCUCUUUUCAGUCAGAUGGCUUUUUUUUUUUUUUUUUGGAGGGUGGGGUGGACUCCUACUUUUAUUCUUUAUGCCCUACUCUACUCACCGGUUUUCUUCUCUCCAAUGUCACAUGGAGGCUCCGGUGACUCCAAGCACCGGGUCACAGCAUGCUCCACUGCCUCUGGCUCUUGGGUGUGUGUGCUGGGUCUUUCCCAUUCCUGGGUGUUUUGCUGACAUUGACAUUGGGCGUAACUUGUGCCAUUUCCUCUGCUUCCCUGGGGCGCAGUGACUUACCGUGCUGACGUGGCUCCUCUGCAGCCCUGGCUGGCACUGGCCCGCUUGAGAUCUGGGGGUGACUCUUCUGUCACCCUGCUUUGAGUCACUUGGCCUCAUUGUGACAGUGAUGACUUUCCCUGGCGGCUACCCAAUCAGACUCUUGGUGACCUCCUCCUGCUCCCUUGAGGGCUUCUGGGAACUUCUUGGUCUUUUCCAGACAUCAUGAGGGCAAGAGCGUAGGGUUGGCAUGAGGUAUUCUGGGAGACAUUUGGCUUUCUUAGAUUAGACCCAACCAGGAAUAUGCUCUUUCUUCAGCCUAUUGGAGAGGACUCUGUCCUAAGACAGAGGUCAGGAUGUUUGUUUCUCAACCUGCCUCUCCAUCUCUGUAUCUUUACAUAAUUCCUCAGCCAGAAGGAAAUUUCUGGUACUUUCUCUUUUUGUCAGGCUUUCUUGGGGCUUUCCAUAGUUCUCCUCCUCCUCCUUUUACCCCCCACUCCAACCUACCUGCCACCACCUCAUAAAUUAGUUUUCAACUCCUAAGUAACGAUCACUCAGUAUCAUCUGAAACAAGAAAUGUUUAUUGACUUGCAGUUUCAGUGGGUCAAGAAUUGGGGAGCUGAGGUCAACAUAGGUUGCUCAAGAGGUUAUCCAGAGCUGCGGUCAUCCCAAGCCUUACUGGUGCUAAAACAUUGGAUACAAUGCAUAUUGGUCAAGUCGCUCAAGAUUUUCUUCAUUUUUUUAAGCUUAGAAGGUUGGAUCUUGAGAUGUAUAAGGGAAGUAAGAUCAAUGAGAUGUAAAUUAAAAUUCCUGACCUUGGGCAGAUCAUCUAACCUCUCCAGCUUGGUUAUGUCAACUGUUAGGUUGACAAACUGUCCUUUGUAGACUACGGGGAUAGGGUGUGCUUGAGUAGUGAGUGUGGUAUAGUAACAAAGUAACAAUUCUAAAGGGGGAUCCAUUAGAUUCUAAAACUCAACUAUGUAAAUCAAUGUUAACUUAAUAACAUAAAUUAUUAAUAAUAAAGUUGGAAUAGUAAUUAAAAAAAGAUAAAAUGUCUUCCACCAGUUCAAAAGCAAAAAAAAAAAAAAUCUAUCCUCUGUGAUGAUGGAGAUAGUGAGUAAGGCAAUGAACAUAGUGCCUGGCAUAUCGGGUGCUGCCCAUGGUACCUGGCAGGGUUGGGACUGGCUAGCUGGGCUUCUGCCUCUGUAGGGACAUCUCUGCUGGGUACCUGUGCUUCAUCCUCUGGCUCUGUCCUAAUGCCUCAUCUGGCCAUCAUGUUCCUUUCUUUCUCGACACUCUCUACCAUUCAGUGUCAUUUUCUAUCCUUGCCACACCACUCAGAUUGGGCUCACAUUUAUGUCAUUUCAGCUAUGACUUUGAUCCCUUCAGAAGCAGAAUCUGGCCCCAACUCCAAUGACAUCAUCUCUGCUGCUUGACCCCAUAGCUGUUUGCUUCUCUCUCUAGUCUUUCCUCCCCCAGCACUGCUCAGUAUACAAACACUCAGACACACAACACCAAGACUGCAAUAGGACAAGAGAGUCAGAUGAUCAGAAAGGAGUCUGCCGCUUGGCCCCGUCUGGCUGCUAUGGGAAAGCAGCCCAUCUCCCUUCGUACCUUGGUCCUCGCAAACCUCUCAUCCCAGGGAAGAGACACCACCUUUCCACUGGAUAUCUGGAGGAUUUAUUAUCCUAGGUUUUUUCAGAGAGUCAGGGCCCAGAAAAGUCAUCUAGAAUAAAGGGUUACAAUGGUCACAGUCAGUGGUGGGCACUGGUGGAGAAGUCUUUGUGAGGCUCUUGCCUUUGCAUCUGGUGUUGAACCUGAAAUUAACCAAGCUAGCAGUUGUGAAGGAGAGCUGGAUGUGAAGUUGGCAGAGCCAGGACAAACUGGGACCCUCAAGGACAAGUGGAAACCCACGUUUGUCUCUUAUCAUCCCCAAUUUCAGUGAUAUGAGAGGCCUGUGGGAGAAGAUGAUGCCCUUUGCAGGUAGCUGUGCACAUCAGGUCCAGGAUAUCAGAGAAACCAUGAGGAUUUCUAGCAAGGGCUGGAUUUGCUGUGCUCCUGGGUGCUGUUCCCAUCCAGCCAGGGGAGCUAACAGAUCGGUGACAUUGUGCAGGAACUGCCACGGUGCUUGAUGCGUGCUGUCAGCCUUUAGAGCACAAUGAACACUGCCGCUUCACUCCCGGUCUCGGCACUCAUGUAAGUUUCUCAUGUGCCCACUCUGGCUUGGAGCCAUACAGUGAAGGGAAUUCUGCAGAGUUCCAGCUUCCCAGAAGAGUUAGCUUCUAAUUUCUUUUGUAAUGUUUUUUAUUUUUAAGACACAUGCAGCCCCCAAACAUCCAAUAUUCUCUCAGUGAGGUCGUGGUCCCAGGGAGCUGGUCUGAUGCUCAGGACUAGAAUGUGGUCUUCUACUGGUAAGGAUCAAUAAUUUCACAGAAUGCCAAUAGCAGUCAAGAUCAUUCUCUAUGAGAUGGAUCAAGAUACAAACAAGACUUUUGUAUCUUGUCCAUGAACAGACGAAAGCAAGAUGACCGUACAAAUCACAAAAAUACCAAAUACCCCCCUCUCCUGGUUAAUAUCAGUGACUGCUGCUUCUUUACCAAUUGGAGCUUUAGCCUGACCUGAUCUUCUUUUCUUCUAGAUGAGAUUUAUCAAGACAGUCAAAUAUAGAAUUACCCCAUCUUUCUGACAGCAUCCAAUCCAGUGUAAAAUCCCACUUUCCUGAAACCUCCCCCAACUCGCCUAAUAAAAGCCCCAAUUCUAUACUUAGCUCCUCCUUACACUCUCUUAAUGAGAUAUCCCGCUGUUCCCCAUGAUGUGUAUUCUGGUUCAUUUCAAGGCACAAUAAACUCAACUUGUUCAAUUAUAAGUAUGUUUCUGGAGGUCUUUGAUUGGAGGAUGUCGAAAAAAUACACACACACA